UGAAAUGAAACCAAAAGAUAAGCGGUAGAAAAAACGUUCGAUGUUCUGGAGUUAAACGUUUUGUCUUUCCUGUCGUUUGUAUUCGUAUUCUUUUGAGCCCGGAAAUAAUUUGUUCCUGAAAUGUUAAGACAUAUAUUCAAACGUGUGCCGAGAACAGAAGUCAGAAUUUCAGCCUUUAAUUUUUCUUCUGCUUCACCUGCACCACAAACUGAACCUGAUAUUCAUUGCACAAAAAUUUUGAUUAAUAAUGAAUGGCAGAAAUCUGUAAGUGGGAAAACUUUCCCCACUGUAAAUCCAGCCACAGGAAGUGUGAUUGCUCAUGUGGAGGAAGGAGGUGUGGAGGACGUGAACAAAGCUGUGCAAGCGGCCCGCCACGCUUUUCAGUUUGGAUCGCCAUGGAGACGUCUCGAUGCUUCCGAAAGAGGAAGGCUGCUCAACCGAUUGGCGGAUUUGAUCGAAAGGGACAGAAAUUACUUAGCGAGCUUGGAAACAUUAGAUAAUGGGAAACCGUUCUUAGAUUCGUAUCAUGUUGAUUUAGAUCUGGUUUUGAAGGUCUUCAGGUAUUAUGCUGGUUUCGCAGACAAAAUUUCUGGUAAGACCUUGACUGUGGAUGGCAACUAUUUUUCAUACACCAGGCACGAGCCAGUUGGAGUAUGUGGUCAAAUUAUUCCAUGGAAUUUUCCGCUACUAAUGCAAGCCUGGAAGCUGGCGCCUGCACUCGCUGCAGGCAACACAGUCGUCCUGAAGCCUGCGGAGCAGACCCCCCUGUCUGCCCUCUACGUGGGACAGCUGAUUCGAGAAGCAGGAUUCCCCCCGGGGGUGGUGAAUAUCGUACCCGGGUACGGUCCCAGUGCAGGGGGCUCCAUCGCAAAGCACAUGGAUGUCGAUAAGCUGGCAUUCACCGGAUCCACCGAAGUCGGGAAGAUAGUGAUGAAAGAAGCGGCAGAAUCAAAUUUAAAGCGUAUUACGCUGGAACUUGGUGGAAAGAGUCCAAACAUUAUCUUUCAGGAUGCUGAUAUGGAUAAUGCAAUUCAGUCUUCCCAUCUCGGCCUUUUCUUCAACCAAGGGCAGUGCUGUUGUGCGGGAUCUCGAAUUUUCGUCGAAGAGAAAAUUUACGACCAGUUUGUUGAAAAGAGUGCAGAUAUUGCUAAAAAGAGGAUUCUAGGUAAUCCGUUUGAUCCAAAAACCCAACAAGGACCACAGAUUGAUGGAGAGCAAAUGAACAAAAUUCUUGAUCUGAUAGAAAGCGGGAAAUCGGAAGGUGCCAAAAUGCUGUGUGGAGGAGGUCGCCAUGGAGAUCAGGGAUAUUUUGUUUCCCCAACUGUUUUUGCAGAUGUGAAAGAUGACAUGCGAAUUGCAAAUGAAGAGAUUUUCGGUCCUGUCAUGCAAAUCAUCAAAUUCAAGACAGUCGAAGAGCUUUUGGAGAGAGCCAACAAGACUAUGUAUGGACUCGCUGCCAGUCUCUUUACAAAAGACAUUGACAAAGCAAUGUAUUUCUCCAAUGGAUUACGGGCAGGAACUGUUUGGAUCAAUUGCUAUGACGUUUUCUCUGCACAAGCACCCUUUGGAGGAUUCAAAAUGUCUGGGAUUGGACGAGAGCUUGGAGAAUAUGGUCUGCAGGCCUACAGUGAAAUCAAAACAGUGACAAUGAAAGUGCCUCAGAAGAACAGUUAAUGAAUUAGCUCUCAUUCAAGCAUCAUAGGUUUGAGUUGACUGUUGAAUGUACUGUGCACAUGAGAUUGUGAUGUCCUAUUGACUGUAAUCAAAAUGUAAUACAUUUUAUUUUUGAUAACAUUUUGCUGUUUUUGUACUUAUUGAAUGAUUACAUGAUAGCUUUAAUGGGUUUCUAGAAAAACAAGAAGCAGAAAAAAAAACCAGAGAUGAGAAUUUUACAUUGAAUAGAGUAAAUGUUUUACAGUGCCACCGCUAAUUAAAAUCACAUUCGUUUUGAUCAUAUGUGGUUUUAUAAAGCGGCAUACCUACACUAAAAAAAGUUUUGAAGUUUGAAUACUCUAAAAAAGAAAUGACUUCAUUUAUUUUAGUGGUUCAAAAUAAAGUUUUAACCAACAAAGGGGUACAUUUUUGAAAGACUUGCACAAGGGUCUUAAAAUAUUAGUGUAUUUUUUUUUAAUUAAAAAGUUGA